UGACGGAGCUCACGCUCGAUACGUUAAUGGACGAUGGAAGCUAUCUGGGGUCAGAAAGAGCCCGGCUCGAAAACAAAGUCAUCCUUGAUGAACUGGAGCGAAAGAAGAAGGCUCGCGCUCUGGCAGUGCCAACGGAUGACAAUCGCGUCAAAGCGCGUCUAAGGGAGAUAGGAGAGCCUAUAACGUUGUUUGGAGAACGGGCUGCAGAUCGACGGGACCGUUUAAUUUAUGUUCUUUCUCAAAUCAAUGCGGCCCGAGGAGAUGAUGCACAACCUCUACACAAUGAAUCGUCGUCUGAGAGUGAGGAUGAAGAGGAAGAAUUCUACACUCCUGGAACACUAGAACUGCUGGAAGCAAGAAAACGGAUAGCAGAAUUCUCUCUUCCCAGGGCUCAAAAAAGAGUCGCCCAACAGCGGAUAGACAGCAAAAUGGACCUCGGUCGAAUCGUCGACAUUCGCAAAAAGGUCUUUGCUGAAGUCAAGGAAUUCUCGAACCUUGGGUCUCAAAUCGGUGACGAACGACCCAUAUCACAAGUCCGCUUCGCGCCGAACAACCAAAUACUUGCUACGGGUAGCUGGUCGGGGACAGUAAAAUUAUGGAACGUCCCAGCUUGUACCCCCAUCCGUGCACUUCGCGGUCACUCGGAUCGAAUUGGGGGCGUCGCCUGGCAUCCUCAAGCAACAUUGUCGCAAAGUGAGGAGGCAGUAAACCUUGUUAGCGGUGGUGGAGAAGGGAGUGUGAACCUGUGGUCGAUAAACGGGGAACAACCUCUCACAGUCAUGCAAGGCCAUCAAGGCCGUGUAUGUCGUGUCGCGUUCCAUCCCUCUGGAGAUUACGUGGCUAGUGCAAGUUUCGACACAACAUGGCGAUUAUGGGACGUAAACUCAGCCAAGGAGCUUCAAUUACAGGAAGGCCAUUCGAAAGAAGUGUAUUCGGUCGAAUUUCAGAAUGACGGCGCGUUGGUCGCAUCAGGGGGUCUUGAUGCUAUUGGUCGAGUCUGGGAUUUGCGCACAGGAAGAACCGCGAUGGUUCUCGACGGACAUGUCCAGGCCAUCUUUGCCACGGCCUUCUCACCCACUGGGUACCAAAUUGCCACUGGUGCCGGUGAUGAUACCAUCCGUAUCUGGGACAUGCGCUCUCUCAAAUCUCUGUACACGAUUCCGGCACACGUCUCGAAUGUGUCUGAUGUCCGCUUCUUCCAUGCGAACGAUUUGUAUUUCAAGCAUGCGCAGUCAUCGUCUACACAGGAUGUCGUUAUGGAUGGCACAGAGGAGGCCGAAUCUAAACGUGAUUCGCCUGAAAAAGAGUUUGCCGCGGCAGAGGAAGAGUGGCGCUAUCGUUCAGGCCUGUUCUUCGCCAGUGCCGGGUACGAUGGAUUUGUCAAGCUGUGGAGCGCGGAUGACUGGCAGCUCCUGAAAAGGCUGUCCACAGAUGCGGGUAAGGUCAUGUCCGUUGAUUUAUCUAGUGAUGGAAAUAUGCUCGUCUCUGGAACAUAUAACCGUAAUUUCCAGCUGUUUACUCCGGAAGAUGUGUUGUAAC